CCUCCGCCAACCUGUCAAAAGGCAGUAAAAUGGCUAUCUACUGGGCGGUCAGGGAUUAGAUUUCUAAGAUGUCCUAAUUCAAUGAAGAGUAUAUUACAAUUAAAAUAAUUGAGUCUGGUCUACGAGAGAAGAGAAUUUCACAAGAAAGUUGAAAACAUUUUGAUCCGUUUUGUUCUUGCAAAUACCACAAAAAAUGGCUCUUAAAAAAGUCAAGGGUAACUUUGAGCGAAUGUUUGACAAGAACUUAACUGAUUUGGUGCGUGGUAUCCGAAAUAAUAAGGAGAACGAAGCAAAAUAUAUUGCACAAUGUAUGGAAGAGAUAAAACAAGAACUUCGUCAGGACAAUGUUGCUGUCAAAGCAAAUGCAGUAGCCAAGCUCACAUAUCUCCAGAUGCUGGGAUAUGAUAUAAGCUGGGCUGGCUUCAAUGUAAUUGAGGUCAUGUCUUCAGCAAAAUUCACUUAUAAACGCAUUGGAUAUUUAGCUGCAAGUCAGGGAUUUCAUGCAGACACUGAUCUCCUUAUGCUGACCACAAACAUGAUUCGUAAGGAUCUGAACAGUCAAAACCAAUAUGAUGCAGGAUUAGCACUGAGUGGUUUGUCCUGUUUCAUAAGUCCAGAUUUAGCUCGUGACUUGGUCAAUGAUAUAAUGACAUUAUUGACAUCAACAAAACCAUACUUGCGAAAAAAAGCAGUUCUAAUGAUGUACAAAGUAUUCCUACGCUUUCCUGAGGCACUGAGACCUGCAUUUCCCAGGUUAAAAGAAAAGCUAGAGGAUCCAGACAGCGGUGUCCAGUCAGCUGCUGUGAAUGUUGUUUGUGAAUUAGCUAGAAAAAAUCCUAAAAAUUAUCUGAGCCUGGCACCUGUCUUUUUCAAGCUGAUGACAACCUCAACAAACAACUGGAUGCUUAUCAAGAUCAUCAAAUUAUUUGGCGCAUUGACACCCCUAGAACCUAGGCUUGGAAAAAAAUUAAUAGAACCCCUUACCAAUCUCAUACACAGCACAUCAGCUAUGUCACUACUUUAUGAGUGCAUAAAUACAGUGAUUGCAGUUCUAAUCUCAAUAUCAUCUGGAAUGCCAAACCAUUCAGACUCGAUACAGCUAUGCGUACAGAAAUUGCGAAUCCUCAUAGAAGAUUCUGAUCAGAAUUUGAAAUACUUAGGGCUGCUGGCUAUGUCUAAGAUCCUGAAAACGCAUCCAAAAAGCGUACAGGCACAUAAGGAUCUGAUAAUGCAGUGUCUCGAUGAUAAAGACGAGAGUAUAAGACUGCGUGCCCUGGACCUUCUCUAUGGAAUGGUAUCCAAGAAAAACUUGAUGGAAAUUGUGCGAAAGCUUAUGGUUCAUAUGGAUAAGGCUGAAGGAACUACGUAUAGGGAUGAAUUGCUCUCGAAGAUCAUUCAGAUUUGUUCGCAGAACAAUUAUCAAUUCAUUACAUACUUUGAGUGGUAUAUAUCUGUGCUGGUUGAGCUUACACGAAUGGAAGGUACCAAGCAUGGAAAGCUUGUGGCUACUCAAUUGUUAGACGUUGCGAUUCGUGUACAGGCUAUUAGAAAGUAUGCUGUCCAACAAUGUGCCUUAUUAUUGGAUAAUGCACACCUACUCAUCGGUGGACAACCUAGAGCCACUAUGUCUGAAGUACUUUACGCUGCAGCUUGGAUAUGUGGCGAAUUUUCCAGUGAGCUUGACGAUCCCUUGGCUAUUUUAUGCUCUAUGCUCCGAUCUCAGGCUGCAAAUUUACCAGGUCACAUUCAAGCCGUUUACGUUCACAAUAUUCUGAAAUUGGCUGCAAGCACUUUGAGCAAAGCUGAGAAAGAUGGUGAUGUCGAAACGAUGGAACAGAUUUAUGCACUGAAGGAGAAGAUAUCUGCCUUCGUGUGCAGUGGCGAUUUAGAGGUGCAGGAACGGUCUAGUUCAGCUUUGGUGUUAUUAGAGUGUCUUAAAGAAAAUCCUGGUUUGGCGAACGAAUUGAUGGAGACUUUUGUUGGUGAACUGAAUCCUGUUGCUCCCAAAGCGCAAAGAAAGGUUCAAAUUCCAGAGGGCCUGGAUCUUGAUGCGUGGAUCAAUGAUCCGCCAUCUGACAGUUCCGACUCGGAGGAUCCAGACAUAAAUGAUAUUUUUGUAAAAGCGGAUAAGUCGAGCGAAUUUUAUGAUAAGCGCAAAUCGAUAGAACCGACGCCUGAAGAAUUGCAAGAAAGACGAGAGGCCAGGAAGUUGGAACAACAAAACAAUCCGCACUAUCUAAAAGGAUCCAAUACUUCUGCAAAGAAUUCAAGGCAGUUUAACAAUGCAGGCGCGGAUAACAAUGAAGAAGAAUUCGAUAAGAUUCCUGUUGCUGAGUUAAAUAUACCAGUAACUUUGAAUGUUCCAGGAUUCGCCGAUUCCAGUAAAUACUUGAGUUUGAGUGCAAGCACCGAAACGUCUCACAAAAAAAGACAUUCGAAGAAGAAGAAGUCUAAGAAAAGCAUCCAUUUGAGUAGUUCCGAUGAGGAACAAGAUGAAAAAUAUCCAUCACAACUCGUGAACACAGGAGCUGGAGAAUUACCUCCAGGUGCUGAACUGAGCGACGGUGAUGAUUUUGAAGUCGGCGACGAGAAUGAUCCUCAUCGAUUUUUGGAUUUCGAUCUGGAUGUGCCGCUGCGUGACGACGAGCGUCUCUCUUAUCUGGAGUUACAGAAUCCUAAUAAAUAUAUGAAAAUCUUGAGGACGGAUGACGAAAAAGUUAAGAAGGAAAAGAAGGGACAUAGAAAGUCGAAAAAGAAGAGCAAAGUUCUGAAGGAGAAAAAUGAGAAGAAUGGAAAGACUGGCGAAGAAAAUGCUAACGACACAGAUCUGUGGCUGGCAAGUGACACGUCGCCCGAGAAGGUACGAGAUUCAGGUGCCGGUGACUAUGUCGAAGUUCCAGAAGCAACGACGACGAAGUCAGAAAAGUCAAAGAAAACGAAGAAGUCGAAGAGUCGCGACAAGCAGAAGAAGGGAAACAAUGAGGAGGAUUCGAAGCACAGAAAGAAAUUGAAAAAGUCAAAAGACAGAAGCACGAAGAAGUCAUCCGGGUACGAGGAAACAGCUGGUAUUUCGACUCCGUCCAAGGAAAUUUUACCAAAUUUGAAUAACGACUCCAACGGGUCGGAAGUGGGUACGACUGCUGGUCAGGGGAUGUCCAUGUACGAGGAACUUGUUAAGGACAAAACUAUCAAAUUAAUGUACGAGUUGAAGCAACUGCCUCAUGAAACAGACAGACUGAUAGCCUCCAUUAUGCUUAUCAAUGACGGUGAACAUCUUGUAAAGGAAAUGGAUUUUGAUGUGUCGGACACGUCUACAUUGAAGCUAGUACGAAGCCCUGGCGAUGAAUUUGGUGUGAAACUGCGUUUCCAGCUGGCACCGAAAACUACAGGUGAAGCACAAUUCGCUAUUUUGGUAUCAGAUGUGACGUUUGCUCAAAAAUUAAAGGGCACCUUCACCUAUAUGGUUGAGAGUCCUUUGGGAAUCGUACAGGAGAAGCUUGACUUUACCAUGUACUUGCCAUGCAGUAGUUUUAUGGUGGGACGCUUGUCGCACAGAGACAUUCUCACGGAAUUGCUAGGCGGUGGCCAAUUGACUCAAAAAAUUCGAAAAGAAUUCGAACCCCAUCAAGAAUUCAGUCAAAUAUUGAGUAGUGUUUGCUACAAGUGCCAUUUAACACUUGUUGAACAAGUAAACGACACUGCCUCGGUAUAUGGACACUCGCUCAAAGGACAUCACGUGUGCCUUUUACUAAAACAAAAUAAAUCUGGAACAUUGACGAUUGAAGGCAAAAGUGACAAUAACGCCCUCUUGUUGGGUAUAAUUGAUGAAAUCUCAAGGAUCCUAACUUAACCCAGUUCUUAGUAAAAAAAAAUAUAAGAGGCGCGUUUUCGCGGCGAAGAAUUAUUCCUGGCGUCGAUAAGUGAAUUCCUAAUUGCAAUUGAAGUAAUAUCAACAGGAAGUUUAACGCACUUCCGUCAGGCAGCGAAAGUGAUGCGAAAUUGCUAUCGUUGAUCUAGCGUUAUUGAUACUCAUAUUAAUAGUAAUGAAAUCUUAAAAAGAAAUACAGACAAAAAAACAGUAAAAUGUAAGCAUCGGCUGCCGCUGGAUGAAUAUGUUCAGAUGAAAAUCAAGAUAUGAAAAAACGGCGUUGAUGACAAUGUUCAUUUUGACGAAGAUAUAUGAAGAUGAACAAAAAAGAAACCCUCGACUGGGCUCUCUAAUGAAACUUUGGUCGUAAGAUCCAUUAAGCGUAAAGAUUAUAGAUGCAUACAAAUAAAUAUAUAUAUAUAUAAAUAAAAAAACUAAAUAAAUAAAUAUAUAUAUAUAUAUAUAUAUAUAUAAAUAUAUAAAUAUACAAAUACGUCUGAAUUAUGUGAAAGACGCGGAAGGUAAUAAUAAUAAACUUUUGCAAUUCCUGGGAGUCUGCAAUUUAGUUUGCUGCUCAUUUUUGAAAUGUUAUUUUUAUAAUCUAAAAUCGAUUACUAUGAUCGGCUAUUCUCCGGAAUCCCCUUGCAAAGCUUAGCUGGUUUAUUUUUGUAAAUAAGAGUUGAACGAUGAAAAAUUUUAUUGUUUUAAUAUAAGUAACAAAUGUAACAGGUACGAAUGCAGGCUCACAGCAUAUAUCUAUGUACCCAAAAAAAAGUUCUUUUUUAUCUAUACAUUUUAGAUUUAUUUACAAGUUUUAAGAAUAAUUCUUUUUAAAUAUUAUAUUUAACAUAAA